AUGUCCAACCUCGCCAACCUCCGGGGCUACCUCCACUCGCAACUGCGGGUCAAACUCCCCGUGCCGACCAAGAAAUUCACCGACCAGGUCGUCAUCGUCACUGGCUCCAACGUCGGCAUGGGCCUCGAAGCGGCGCGGCACAUUGCGCGGCUCGGGGCGGCAAAGGUGAUCCUGGCCGUCCGCUCGAUCCAGAAGGGCGAGGCGGCGGCCAAGUCGAUCGUCGCCUCGACAAAGCGAGACCCCAGCGUCGUCGAGGUCUGGGAGCUGGACCUGGCCCGGUACCAGUCGGUCGAGGCCUUUGCGCAGCGCGCCCAGCUACUGCCGCGAAUUGAUGUGCUCGUUGCUAAUGCCGGCAUUUUCAUGAUGGAGUUUACCAAGGCUGAAGAUAACGAGACGAAUAUUACUGUCAAUGUCAUCAGUCAUAUGCUCCUGGCGCUGUUGCUCCUGCCGAAGCUCCGCGAGACGGCUGUUAUGACGGGCAAGCCGGGAGUCGUUACUUUCACGGGAUCGUUUACGCAUUGGAUGACGCAGUUUCCUGAGAGGAAUAGUAGUCAUAUUCUGGAUGACUUGGCUGAUGAGGGCAAGUCCAAGGGGCGCAUGCGGGAGAGGUACUACGUCUCCAAACUGAUCCAGCUGCUGGUGGCGCGCGAGUUUGCCAAAGAGCUCAGCAACUCGAGCAAGCCGGGCAAGGUCAUCACAAACGUGGUGAACCCGGGCUUCGUCGCCACCCAGAUCAUGAGGCACGGCGGGCCUGUUUUCCAGGUCUAUCUCAAGCUGAUGAAGGCGGCGCUGUCCCGCACUGCGGAGGAGGGCGGGCGCACGGUGGUGAAUGGUGCUGAGGGUGGAGAGGAGACGCAUGGGCAGUAUUUGAAUGAUUGCCAAGUUGGGAGUCCGUCGACUUUUGUUCUCAGUGAAGAGGGCGGGAAGGUGCAGAAGCAGCUUUGGGAUGAGCUGAUGGCUAAACUGGAGAAGGUCCAUCCUGGUGUGACCCAGAAUAUCUGA